UAGAUAUCUCACCGAUCGGGGAAUAGUGGUCUCGCUCGGUCACUCAUCUGCAAAGUUGAAAGAUGCAGAAAACGGUGUAAACUGUGGUGCUCGAUGUAUAACUCAUCUCUUCAAUGCUAUGCAUUCGUAUCAUCAUCGUGAUCCAUGUCUUAUCGGAUUGCUUGCAUCAAAAAUGUUGGGAGAUCGUAAGAUAUACUAUGGCAUUAUUUCGGACGAACCUAACCCUGAAGGACUAAUACUUGUUACGGAUGCGAUAGCAGCGUUGGGAAUGGGUGAAGGACGUCAUAAGUUUGGUGACAUCGUUGUGGAUGUUGUUGGUUUGAAGGCGGUAGUAGUAGGAACGGAGACCACUGCCGGCAGUGUUGCUUCCAUGCCACAUUGUAUAAAGCAUUUUGUCAAAGCAGCUCGAUGUCCAUUGGAAGAAGCUCUCAUAUGCGCAACGAAGAAACCAGCUAAUCUUCUUGGCAUUCAAGAGAGGAAAGGUGUGAUUGCUGUCAAUGCAGAUGCUGACUUAGUACUGAUAUCCGAAAAUGUGGAUGUAAAGGCCACAUAUGUGUCUGGAAAACUUGUAUAUGCAAAUAGCUCACAUUAA